UUCACACAUUUUAUUGUCAUUGCCGUUAGAGUUGGUUGGGCCUAGGAAGCUCCGCCUCUUCAGUCUUCCCUUCGAUGCAUUCUAGAGAACUUUUCUCCUCUUUACAUAAAACACUCUAACACCAUUUUCAUCAAACAUACUCGCUGCCUUCUCUCCCCCAAUUCUCUCUCACUAAAACCAUGUCUCAUUCCCACCUUCUCCACACUUCUUUCAUCCCCACCGCUCCCCCUUCCCUCCGCCGCCGACUCGGCGGCGGCGCCCACCUCCCCCGAAAGCCCCAUCUCAUUCAAUCCAAGAUCCGAGAAAUCUUCAUGCCGGCUCUCAGCUCCACGAUGACUGAGGGAAAGAUCGUCUCUUGGGUCAAAUCGGAGGGCGAUAAGCUCGCAAAGGGCGAAUCCGUUGUCGUGGUUGAGUCCGACAAGGCGGAUAUGGAUGUGGAGUCGUUUUACGAUGGGUAUUUGGCCGCCAUUAUUGUUGACGAAGGUCUUUCAGCUGCGGUUGGAUCCACGAUUGCUUUACUCGCCGAGACUGAGGAAGAAAUUGCCCUCGCCCAAUCGAAGAAAUCUUCUUCUCCCGCCCCCGCAUCAGCCUCCGCCGCUGGAAGCAACGAUGCUCCGGUGGUGCUCGAAGAAAUGCCGAGCCCAGUUCCUGCUGCUGCGCCAGUUGUAGCUAGUGUCAGCAGCAAUGCUGGUGCGGUGGGCUCAGCUGUGCAUCCAGCGUCUGAGGGAGGCAAGAGGGUGGUGGCUUCGCCUUACGCGAAGAAGCUGGCGAAGGAUUUGGGGGUGGAUUUGAAGGGAAUUGUUGGGAGUGGACCCAAUGGAAGAGUGGUGGCUAAGGAUGUGGAGGCUGCUUUGGCGGCUGUGAAUGUUGCCACCACGGCUGCUGAGGUGGCUAAGCCGAGUGGCGUAGAGUUGGGCUCUGUGGUGCCAUUCACGACGAUGCAGAGUGCUGUGAGUAGAAACAUGGUUGAGAGCUUAGCAGUGCCAACAUUCAGAGUGGGGUAUACUUUCACAACAGAUGCUCUUGAUGCUUUAUACAAGAAGAUUAAGUCUAAAGGAGUGACUAUGACAGCAUUGUUAGCCAAGGCAACAGCACUUGCUCUGGUCCAACACCCCGUUGUGAAUUCCAGCUGCAGAGAUGGCAAGAGCUUUACAUAUAACAGUCAUAUUAAUGUUGCAGUAGCAGUAGCCAUAGAUGGUGGUUUGAUCACACCAGUACUUCAAGAUGCUGACAAGAUCGAUAUUUAUUCAUUAUCGAGAAAGUGGAAGGAAUUGGUUGAUAAGGCACGAGCGAAGCAGCUCCAGCCUCAGGACUAUAAUUCGGGCACUUUCACCCUGUCUAACCUCGGAAUGUUUGGUGUGGAUCGCUUUGAUGCCAUAUUGCCUCCAGGAACUGGUGCGAUCAUGGCUGUUGGAGCUUCUGAACCUACUCUUGUUGGUACAAAGGAUGGUCGGAUCGGACUGAAAACUCAGAUGCAGGUGAAUGUAACAGCAGAUCAUCGUGUGAUAUAUGGUGCUGAUCUGGCUGCCUUCUUACAAACCCUGGCCAAGAUAAUCGAGGAUCCUAAAGAUCUAACACUUUAGAUUUGUCGUAUCAUUGGAGAUUGAAGAUUUUGUUUCCGUAUCACCUUCUUUAGUUAACCUCCUCUUUCAAGGCGAAUUAAGAUGCAGAUAUCUUCAGACAAGAGGGCCCACUGACUGAUACAGAACGAAGACGUUGUAUGCAAGUGUCGCAUAUGAUUUUAUUUGUUUUGUCUAGUUGAAAGUGUUGCAUACAUUUAGUUUAUAAGAGGUCUUUUUAUUGCUUCAAAUGGUGACUGUGAAUUGUUUUGGUCUUGAUGCUACAAGUUCUGAUUUGAGUUA